GUCACCAGAAGUCGACCUUAACGUCACAAAUGUGUAUUUCAUCAUAAAAUGUUGAAGCAUGGCGCUUCUCAUACAAAACUUAAAUCAAAGUGAUAUCUGUUUUAAACUUAAUUAAAAUUUUGGGCUGUUUCUUUUUUAAUAAGGUCAAAUUUAAGUAGAAUUAUAGAAGAGUAGAAAGUUUAAAUGGCAUCUAGUUCUGCAAGAGAACGAUUUAUGGCUGACUCUAAGUCAUUGAACAGUGGAUCCAAGAAAAUCCUCCACUCAGAUCCACAGACCAGUAAGCCAGUUAACAGAGCAAAGACAAUCUCCAAUGCUGAUGACCCUGUGACUUUGUUGAUACCUCAUCUAGACAAUGAUGAGACAGCCACAGAGAGAAAGCCAAGGGCAAACAGGUAUGAUCCCUACUCCUUUCUUGAAAAUAUGACACUUCCCUUUGAGUUCACUAACAUUGGCAAGUCUAAAGCUCAGGCCAGUAAAAAAAAACACGAAGCUGAUGCAGCCGCUGCUGUUGCUGCUGCUGCUGCUGUUGCCACUGGUGAGAAAAGGCCUCUGCCCCAUUGUAAGGCAUGCACUGAUUUCAAAACCUGGAUGGAACUUACAGCUCAUCCUAAACGGCAUAUGAGCAGAGAAGAAAGAGAACAAAAGGAGUGUCCUCUUGAUUCUGAAUUACUUGGCAGAAACUCAUGGGCAUUCCUCCACACGAUGGCAGCUUACUACCCUGAAAAACCUUCCCCGGAACAGCAAUUUAAUAUGAAGAAAUUUAUCUCCCUAUUGUCACAGUUUUAUCCAUGUCAUAAAUGUGCAUCACAUCUAAGAGAAGACUUGAAGACCAACACACCUGACACCAGUAAUAAUAUAGCACUGUCCCAGUGGUUUUGUAAUCUACACAAUAGUGUGAAUGUGCAACUAGGCAAGGUUGAGUUUGACUGUUCAAAGGUGCUGGAGAGGUGGAGAGAUGGAUGGAAAGAUGGCUCCUGUGACUGAUGAUUUACUCUUUACUUAACAAGCUGCUAUUGAUUGCAUGUUAGCUUUGGUAGUGUGUUUUAUAUAUGAAAUUAGAAAACCAUCUUUUGAAAUCAAAUAAUAAAAAUCAAUUGUAAGAUCGUGAAAUAAUUUUUGUGACAGUCAGUAUAUAAGGUAAAUCAGUGUUGACCAAAUGGAAUGCUUGAAGAAAUGUUACCCAGUGUGCUUUCUUGAAAUGUUCCAGCCAAUCUAUAGUGCAAGGAAUUGAAACAAAUUUUGUGUGGAGCUUACCAGUUUUGUUACGCUUUGGAGAUUAGUUUCUAUCAAGGCAUUUUUAUGGACAGUUUUUUUUUUAAUGUUUUAAUAAGACAAUGAAUAUCUACAUGACUGCUUAUCAUACAGAUGACUUUCUCCUCUUGAUAUUUAAGUAAAUUUAAAAAUUCGUGGUUACUUUUAUUUAAUUUGAUUGAAUGGGAGAUAAUAAAUACCAGUAGUCAACAUC